AUGGACAGCGGCUGCACAUCUCACAUGUGUAGCGAGAAUGGUUACUCCAUGGAAAUAACCACACGAACCAAUGGCAGAAUCCACCUCGCAAAUAACGCUUUCGCCGAAGUGAAAGGAAAAGGGCCCGUUACGUUCACCACGAAGGACAACGAAAGCAGAAGGAAUGUAAAGCUAUCUGAAGCACUUUACGUCUCGGACCUGAGAACAAACUUGUUAUCAGUCGGCAAGAUUUGUGACAAAGGUCUCAGAGUCGUUUUCGAGAAGGAAAAGGCCACCGUAGUUGACCAGAAUUGGAACGCAAUACUGAAGGCCGACCGCACGAGCAGCGGACUAUACUGCUUGGAAACUAAAACUCUCGAAAGUAGUGCUAACGCGGAAUGGAACGACGAAAAGGACACCGGACUUUGA